AUUCCCCCCCUCCCUGCCGGAGCGAUAAGAUGGCGGCGGUCUCCGUGCUGCAGGCGCCGAGCGGCGGCUUCAGCUUCGAUAACUGUGCUCGGAACUCCCUGCUGGAGGCCGAGCUGGGCCAGAAGGGACAGCGGCUGCCCGCCGCCCGCAAGACGGGCACCACCAUCGCCGGCGUCGUCUUCAAGGAUGGCAUAGUCCUCGGUGCAGAUACGAGGGCAACGGAAGGAACGGUUGUUGCUGACAAGAACUGUUCAAAAAUACACUUCAUUUCCCCUAAUAUCUAUUGUUGCGGUGCGGGAACAGCUGCAGAUACUGAUAUGACAACACAGCUGAUUUCUUCCAAUCUGGAGCUCCAUUCGCUAUCUACUGGACGACUUCCAAGAGUUGUCACAGCUAAUCGAAUGCUAAAGCAAAUGCUUUUCAGGUAUCAAGGCUACAUUGGUGCUGCCCUAGUUUUAGGGGGAGUAGAUGUCACGGGACCUCACCUUUACAGCAUAUAUCCCCAUGGAUCAACUGACAAAUUGCCUUACGUUACCAUGGGUUCUGGAUCAUUAGCAGCUAUGGCAGUAUUUGAAGAUAAAUACAAACCGGACAUGGAGGAAGAGGAAGCCAAACAGCUGGUGAGAGAUGCCAUUGCAGCUGGCAUAUACAAUGAUCUGGGCUCUGGCAGCAACAUAGAUAUCUGUGUAAUAAGCAAGAACAAGUUGGAUUUUCUCCGUCCAUAUGAUGUGUCCAACAGAAAGGGGGACAGGUAUGGUAGAUACAAGUGUGAAAAGGGAACUACUGCUAUUCUCACAGAAAAUGUAGCACUCCUGGAAAUUGAGGUUGUGGAUGAAACUGUACAAACCAUGGACACUUCCUGAACCAUCAUACACAGCCCUUCUGUGUCACUGGAGCCCAGCACUAGUUAUGUUUAGAAGCCUUGCAGCAUCAAGAGAAACAUGCAGCUGAUACAGAAUAAAGAGGGUUCUGACCAUUCUCCUAAUUAGUGUUUUUACAUGGUGCUCAUUUCUUUUGCUGCUUUUUCCUUUUUACAGUGUUGAAAAGGUAAGGCUCAUGCAGAACACAAGUGCAGCCUCUUCCCCACUCUUUUUAGUGCUGUGGGCUUUACCCUAAAAGAUCUGUAUUAACAUGGGGAAGACAGCCAGGCUCCUGGAGCAGAUACCAAGCAUUGUACUGUCAUUUGGGGCAGAAAAACCACUAAGCACAGCAGCUGUUUUGUUGUUUUACUCCAGGAACAAAAGAGCAAGAGUAAAACUAUUGGGCUUGCACAUAAAGUGAUGAGUUUAAAUUUAACAUAAUGUUCUGUUCUUGAUGGAUACAUACCAGAUAAAGAAAUGGUAGGAAAAGGGUGAGUACUGGUGGUUCUGAACUGCUGACCUUGACCUACAGCAGACUGCUUCUACCUAUGUUACUGCAGGGAAGUAACACUGGUUAUUGUGGGAUGUUUAAGUUAAUUCUUUACUGUUCUCUGUGGAUAGAGACAGGAUGUGGCAUAGGUCCAGCCUCCACACUGGUACACACAUUUUCCUUUCUAAAUUAUAUGACUGAACACAGCAAAAUUCAGUCUAGUUGUCUUGUUACUUGCCUCCACUUGGACCUUUUUUGUCCUAAAAUCCU